AUGCCGUCGACGCGGCCGCCGUCGCUGUACGAGCUCCUCGGCGUCGAAAAGGACGCCACGCAGGAGGAGCUCAGGGCGGCGUACCGAGCCGCGGCGAAGGCGCAUCACCCGGACGUCAACCCGAACGCGGAGGCUGGCAAGUUUGGGAAGAUAGCCGAGGCGUACGACGUGUUACGGGACCCGGAUAAGCGCCGUCUGUACGACUCCGUGGAGGACGGCGGCGGCGGCGGCGGCGGCGGUAGUGGGUUUCCCGGGUCCACCGCGCGAGGCGGCGGCGGCGAGCCGUUCGAGAGGCGGUGGGAGGACUUCUACGGAAAGUUCAGGCGCGUUCUACACACUGGUCCCCGUACGGCCGUGUCGGCGUGGUGA